UUUGCAGCGAGUUAAACUACGCCGGAUAGUCAGACCGAUUUGAAACCAAGUAAAAGUACCAAAGGAGACAGAGCAGUUGAUUCAUUGAAAAUGCCUACGACGCACAUUAGCUCCCCGGCGCCCAACCUGAGCCACCUUUCCACGGCCACUUACGAGAAGACAGACGUCCCCUUGGAGGUGGAGAGGCAAAUCCACCCGGUCAUUUUCGGCUUGUGCGUAAUCUUCGCCGCUGCCACCUUUGUCGGAGGUGUGUAUUCGCUGCUCUCUCUCCUCCGGAUGAGGAGGAUAACCUCCCUGUGUCUUAUUGUGGCUUCCAUGUCGGUGGACGACCUGCUCAGUGUGGUCCCUCUCUCCCUGUUCAUGCUCUUACAGUGGGAGACAGCUGGAGGGUCCGGCAGCCUGUGCACCUUAUCUGGACUUCUGUACGUGUUCCAGGGUGUUUCGAGCAAUAUGAAGGCUUGCCUCAUAGCCGCCGACACUUUUUAUGUGACCAAGAGAUUUGGAGUUCUUCAAUCGGUCCGCCGGCCCCUGAGAGUGAUGUGGGCCAUCGCCGCUGUGUGGGCGGUCAGCCUUGCCGUUAGCGUGUUACCUCUGUGCGGAUGGGGCAGCUUUAAGCCGCUCUCUCUCGGGUGUUUCCCAGACAGCGAGAGUUUUUACACGCUCCUGCUCUUCUCUUUAUAUUCCCUGUGUUUCUGCGGCUUGUUGUUUUUCUUUAUCUCCCUCACCUACCAGCUGAUGUGCUCCCGGGAGCCCCAGAGGACUGUACUGUACCCCAGCUACUUGGAUAUGGCGAGGGGACUGAGUGGCUCCGCUCCCCUCUGUGAUCUUCCUUCCUUCUCCCGGGACAGUCUGACUAAUAGUGUCGGUGCCUACAAGGAGCUGAGCCCAAGUUCAUGCGGGACGGUGCUGUCCCCGGUGUCGGUCAGCGGACAGAGGACAUCAGCUGUCGGGGACACGCCAGUCGUUUUUGCGCAAAAGCGCUUCUCCAUGAUCCUCGCGGUUGUCCGAGUUAUUUUAUGGAUGCCAAUGAUGACCUUGAUGCUGGUAAACCACACAGUGAAUGCACGCAGCGACUCCCUGGAGACGCUGAGCUUUUUCCUCACGCUGCUUGCCCCCAUGGUCACUCCAUUAUUCGUGCUGUCUGAGCAUUGGAUCCACAUGCCUUGUGGCUGCUUCAUUAACUGCAAGCGAGAUCCAACGCAGGAACCCUCAGUGACGAAAAGAAAAUUUGAAUUCAACCUUUCCCUCCAACAAGGCUAUGGAGUGUACAAGUUGUCACACGCCACCGUGUCUCAUAGCAGUCCACCCCUUGAGAAGCCUGCCUAUCACAGCCUCUUUAACUGUGACUUCCCUGUUACCGGCCUUGAUGUACGAGAAAGUGGUGGACCCUCCAGCCUGGGGCCUAGUUUUGACUUCAGCCCCACCUGCCCUAUGGACAGCUCCUCUCAUGCAGCCCUAUCGUUGGAAGUUGUGGCCAGUGAAGAGGUGCUGGCUGAUUGUUCACUCCUUCGUGAGAACCAAGGAGAUAAGGACCACUUCCGCUGUGCCUCUUCGCUUCCUUCUCAUCACCCGGAGCGAGAUCACAAUCUCACGGAUACAUUGUCUGUGCUCGAGGGCCCGGAAAGGAGGCUGUCACAUGAGGGGUGUCGGAAAAUCGAGCUGACAGACUGGGAGUGGUGCAGGAGUAAAUCAGAGAGGACUCCCAGACAGCGGUCAUCAGUUGGUCUGUCAAUCCCCCUGUGCGCCUUCCAGGGCACCGUAUCUCUGCAAGACCCCACUGGGAAAACCCUCUCUUUCUCCACCUACGAAGUGAGCAGUGGCGGACUCAAAAUCUCACCCAACAAUACAAGGAAGGUGGAAGUGUAUCGCUCAAAAUCAGUUGGCCACGAGCCCAGUGCAGACAACCCGGCACCAGGAGGCCAACCUGAAGACGUGAAUGUCAGCAGCGUGGGGAUGGGCAUGGAGAUCGGAAUGGGGAUGGGUACGGGAGCUGGUGUGUGGGACACCAAUGUCAAAAUUCACAUAGAGGUUCUUGAGAUUUGUGACAACGAAGAUAACAUGGACAGUAUCUCCAUCAUCUCCAACAUCAGCCAGUCCUCCACCCACGCCCGCUCGCCGUCGCUGCGUUACUCUCGAAGGGAGAACCGAUUUGUCUCCUGUGAUCUGGGUGAGACGGCCUCCUACUCUCUGCUCAUCCCAAGCGGUGGCAACCCAGAGGCAGAGACCAUCAAUAUCACGAUACCUGACACUCUGGAGGCCCACCGGCAGAACAGCCGGCGGCAGACGCAGGAGAGCUCGGGGUAUCGUGAGGAGAUACAGAUGCUGAACGAGGCCUAUCGAAAGCAGGCUGGGGAGAUGGAGGAGUGAAAACACGGGAUGCCGAGAAGGCGUCUCUUAGGAAGAGGUUGAAAGACAUUAAGGGAUGAAAGAAAAAAUGCCCAUCACCAAUUUCCGAUCACCACCCCAAGAACUGAGAGGUGACCCAAAUAUAAAUGUUGCUGUUACACAAAUCUGUUUGCUCACUGCUGUACUUCCUCUUCAGGUCGCAUCAUGAGAGCACAUACAUCACUUAUCUGUAGAAUACAUCGAGAUAGAUUCGUCUGAAAAAGAAGAGCUAUAACUGUGAAUUAGGGUAAACACAAGAGAGAGAUAGAGAGAGAGAGAGAAUAUUCCAGCAUCUGUAUUCCUUGAUGGUUUCAACAUACGACAGCCUGUCACAUAUCUAAAAUAGAUACAGCAAAGAGAUACAGCAAAGAGCCAAGUAAAGCCAGUAAAAGAGGGGCCAAAGUCUAGUCACACGUCUGAUAUGAAGCUACGUCACACAUGACUCAGUGGUGAGGGGAGGGGUCACCUGACCCAUGGAUUUGACUCAUCCUUGUGUGUCGUCGUGCAUUCGUGUGUGUGAGAAGGAGCCUUGCUGGAAACGAAUAGGAAAGACAUAUUAGAGUAAUGGUUUGUCAUGUCAGCGAUUAAAAGUAUUCACACGUUUCCUUCAUAUGAAUGUGCUUAUUCUACAUAAUAUGUAUUUGUACUGUGGUGCAUUUUCCUUUGCGUCCAAGUGCUAUAACCAUCAUGUAUUUUCACAAAUAAUGUCGCCACUAUCAAAUGAGAAAGAGACCGCCAUUCCAUGCUGAAAAUCAGGAAAGAUUAAAGGAGAGGUCAAGUGUAUGAGGGAGAGUUCAAGUGGUUAUAUAGAAGAAGAGGUUAAUGUGAUGCUUAUGCAGAGGCGUUUUCUACCUCUUGCACAUUUAGUGCUAUUUAAAUGAGUAACAGUGUGCAUAUUUUACUACAGUAGGCAGCAUAUGAAUGUAUAUUUCAGAGCCACUUAUGGGGCUCAUCUGCCCAUCCAAUCAGUGAGCCACCGGGCCUCUCCCUCUCGAUUGAUUGCAUGCAAAAAUUCAUGCAAUUUUCAUAUAAAGUCUUGACAUAAGCCUAUUUCAGCAUUGUUUUUGAAUGGUCACUGUGCACAUCUGUCAGAAGCAUAUACAUCUUUAUUCUCUUUCCUGAAUAAUGUUGACAUAUACAUGUACAUUUGUGUGUAUUUAAUCGUAUAGAAACUAAUAUAUAUUUAUUCAAGUUUGUUUUAUUUUGGUGUCUUUUAUAUGUCAGCCAUUUUGUCGCAUGCUCUUCAACAUAACAUUGUUACUUUGUGGACAUUAUUUCCAGAUGUUUAAAUUGUCCUUGAACAAGUCUACUUCAUCAGCUGCAGUAUUUCCCAUCCUCCAGAAGAAUGUUGUCAAAAAAGAUUCAUACUCAAAAAUUGCCUCCAACUGGAUUGUAAUGUCAAGUGCUCCCAGGCAUAUUGUAACAAAAAUAAUGUACAGGCGUAUGAAUCCUACUGAAUGUUACGUUGUUAUCAAUAUUAACCAUUUGUGCAUAACUUCAUCUCCACAGCCUCACCGAGUGGAAGUCAUUUGAUCAUCUGCUUAUUAUCACUUUCAGAAAGAACAACACCUCAGCUUCUGUUCUCAUCGAUCCUUGUGAUCAAUAAACCUGCUAUUUGCUUUGUUUGUGAGCGACCUGCAUAUUAGCUGAACAAGUGCAUGUUUAACUCAGUCAUGUCAACCAUCUGAACGGAUUAUGUAACACAACGUACUCAAAUGUGAUUCUUUAUGACAGAAUAAAAGCAAAUGGUUAAUGCAGUGAUUAAAGAGACUGACCUAGAUAGUUAGCCAUCAUCAUUGUGUUCACAACUGCUUUUAAUGUGUGAUUGUGUGCUCUACGUUCUUAUUGUUUGUAUCUAUUGUUUUUAUUGUAAUUUUAGUUAUUUAUAUUGUAUAGCUUCUAGGAUAUUUUAUUUAUGUGAUGUAAUGUAUCUUUGAGUACUUCGGAAAGCGCUAUACAAAUGUAAUGCAUUAUUAUUAUUAUUAUUAUUAUUGUGAUUGGUUGUUUGGUUGUUAUGGCCCUAGGCAGA